GAGACAGCGAGCAGGCGGCAGUGGUUCAUUCUGCAGUGGCCAUAGCGAAAAUCUGUCUUCUCUACAAAAUCCCAGCGAAAAUCUGUCUUCUCUGCAAAGUCCCUAGGGAUGCCAACUCUUUACAACGGAUGUUAUAGAUAUUCAGUUGAUUGCCUACCAAACGAAACAACUAUUGCCUGAGAAAGAAUCUGCAUACAAAAUAUGAGUUCUCCACGUGGCCACCCUGUCCUGUAACCAAUGGCAACAUCGGUCCAGACCCUUCCUCUGAGCCGUGACCCCAGCAAGACAUUCCGCGACCCCUACUCGACCCCUACCCGGCCCACAGCCCUACUGGCCCGGUGCAGUAUGGGUAGUGUAGGCAGCCUAGUGGAGCGCCCGGACGCGUCCCCAGCUAAAGGCAGCCGGGCCGUGCCCCAGGUGGGACCCAGACAGACCAACAGGUUAUUAAAGAAAGGCUUCAACCAGAGAGAGCUGCUCAACUACCUCAACAUCACCAGGAAAGAGGCCAAAGCGGGUAGCGGCCCAGGCUGCAGUAGGAAGGACAUCUUCUUCAGCAUGCAGUCCAUGAAGAGAGAGCAUGGGCAUGAGGAGGAACACAUCAAGCUCUACUACAAAGACGGAACUGAGGUGGGCGUGUCAAAGAACUCCCUGCCAAUUGGAGGGAAAUAUGAGAAGUCUCGUCUCAGGCCGUCUGCCUUCAAGCCCGUCACACCCAAGAACUUCAGUUCCAUGCAGAACCUCUACUCUGCCAAGAUGGAGGACUCAGACCAGGGCCUGUCCAACGGGCUCCACCGGGCCUACGCACACACACCUAGAGCUGUCUCCACCUCCUCUUCCUCCUCCUCACCCUCCCGCCACGGAGGACCCACCUCCAGCGGAACCAAGGCGGUGGUGUCAGUGCGUGGUCUGAGUCAGGAGGAUGAGAACCUGUCAGACUCUGGUCAUAACUCCAUGAACAGUCUUCCUCCAUACAGACCUCCCUUCAGACCACAGCUGGCUCACAUCAGUGCCUCCAUGGGCCACAUCAACUCCAUUGGCUCUCUGGACCGAGCAUCAAAGGUUGUGGGGUCGUCGGGGGUCGCCAUGGCGGAUAUGGCCAUGUCAUGUCAUAGCAUGGCAACGCUCAGCUGCCUGGCGCCAUACGGAGGGGAGGCUCCGCCCCCUUAUGAACUGUCACUCUCUGUAGAGGAGGUGGUGCGUGAUCUGGAGGAGAGGCUGGUGGAAAAGGAACAUGAGCUGAAACAGAUGAGGAGGAACCUGGAUGAGAGUGAAGGAGCCAUUGCGCAGGUGUUUGAAGGUAAACAGCGUCUGUGGGAGAAGGAGUUGGAGGAGUUGAAGCAUCUGUACACUGCCAAGCUGCGUCAGGUUUCCCAGCAUGCUCAGCAUUCAGAGCGUGCACUGCAGCUGCAGCUGUACAAGGCCCAGCAGGAGAAGAACAGACUGCAGGACGAACUGGAUGCUCUGACGGGGGGGAGACAGAGAGAGGGUCAGGAGAGUCUGAAGGGAACCAGCCCUACUCUGGAGGAGACUCAGUGGCAGGUGUGUCAGAAGUCGGGUGAGAUCUCGUUGUUGAAGCAACAGCUGCGUGAUUCCCAGGCGGAGGUGACCAGCAAGCUGUCAGAGCUGUUCCAGCUGAAGACCCAGCUGAGAGAGACCAGAGGAGAGCUGCAGAGAAGUGAUGGACAGAUAGACACGCUGCAGACAGCCCUACACGGUGCGCAACCACGACGACAGGGGAAAGGGGGAGCGGAGGAGAGUGGGACACUAGGGUCUCGAGGAUCAGGAGGGGCAUCAGGCUCUACAGAGGAGCGUCUGCGAGCAGAACUGUUGUUAGAGCGUUGUCAGAGCGAGGCCCAGGCUACGGCCUUCGAGCAGGAGAGACAGACGUGGCAGACAGAGAAGGAGAAAGUCAUCUGCUACCAGAGAGAGCUGCAGGCCAGCUACCUGGAUAUGUACCACCACAACCAACUACUGAAGAGAGAACUAUACCAGCUCAGAGGAGGAGGAGGAACGCUGGAGAGGGAACUGCGAGAUGUGAGGGGAGGAAGAGGAGGAGGAGAGAUGGGAGAUUACAGUAACGAGUCACUGGAGAGGGAAGUGCAGGAGGUUAGGAGAGGAAGAGGAGGAGGAGAGAGAGAAAGAUUAGAGGAAGACAGUAAACCUCCCCCUGGUCUUCCCUGGAUAGAGAGGAUAGAGUCGUCUGAGAUUUGACUGAGUGGACACUAGAAGGGGGGGGCAUUCCAAACCAAUCACUCGCCCCCUCUUCCUAUCUCCUUGAUGAAGACUCAGGCUUCUUACAGACUUGAAAAGACAGUGGAGAUCCCAAUUCCAAAACAACUCUGCACUCCUACACUCCUUGACCUGUAUGAACUAGACUGAAUAGUGUGCAUGUAUAAUCAGCAUUACAAUGAUACACCCUCUCUGGUACUGUUUAUUGUAGGUUCCACUUCCUGUUUCAAUCCUGCAAUCAAUGAUAACUUCCUGUUUCAGUCCACAAAUCAAUGACAGCGUAUUAGAGUCGAGAACACUGUACAUUCGAUCAAGCAGGACCCUGACCAAACCUCACUUUAGAGGGCUGCUUGUAUGUACAAAUGAUAAUAAUAAUAAUAGCCUAUUUGUAAAUGUUACUUAAUCUAAUUUAGUUCUGUGUGUAUGUAAUCAACCAGUGUGUUCCUCACAGCCGUUCUGUGGGCUCGUUGAAGUUCAGACACUGACUGGGGUAAAGUAAGGGUAGGCUGUGUCUCAAAUAGUACCCUGUAUAGUACACUACUUUUGACCAGGGUUCUGUAGUAGUAGUGCACUAUAUAUGGAAUAGGGUGCCGUUUCAGAUGCACCCUAGGACAUUGUUCAAAAGGAUCUAAAGGGAUUUAGGUUUUGUCCCGGUGAGGUGUGGUGUGGUGAGGUCUGGUGAGGUGUGGUGAGGUGUGGUGUGGUGUGGUGAGGUCUGGUGAGGUGUGGUGAGGUGUGGUGUGGUGAGGUGUGGUGAGGUCUGGUGAGGUGUGGUCUGGUGAGGUGUGGUGAGGUGAGGUCUGGUGAGGUGUGGUGAGGUCUGGUGAGGUGUGGUGUGGUGAGGUCUGGUGAGGUGUGGUGAGGUCUGGUGAGGUGUGGUGAGGUGAGGUGUGGUGUGGUGAGGUCUGGUGAGGUGUGGUGUGGUGAGGUCUGGUGAGGUGUGGUGAGGUGAGGUCUGGUGAGGUGUGGGUGAGGUGUGGUGAGGUCUGGUGAGGUGUGGUGAGGUGAGGUCUGGUGAGGUGUGGUGAGGUGUGGUGU